CGACGCGGCUUGAGGGCCCGGUGCGCAUGCGCCUUCGUAACGGUCGCGGUGGGUGGCUGGAGUCGGGGCAGCCCCAGAAGCCUCUGCAAAGAGAGCGACGAUGGAUGAGCUCCAGUCCGCAGAGGAGACUGCAUUCGUUGUGGAUGAAGUAAGCAACAUCAUAAAAGAGGCAAUAGAAGGGACAAUAGGUGGUAAUGCAUAUCUGCACAGCAAAGUGAACCAAUGGACUACAAGUGUCGUAGAGCAAAUUCUAAGUCAGCUAACAAAGCUGGGGAAACCAUUCAAAUAUGUUGUGACCUGUGUUAUUAUGCAAAAGAACGGUGCUGGACUUCAUACAGCAAGCUCUUGUUUCUGGGACAACUCCGCUGAUGGAACCUGCACUGUGAGAUGGGAGAACAAGACUAUGUACUGUAUUGUCAGUGCCUUUGGACUUGCAAUAUGAUCGCCUUGGAAUUCUUCAGCCUUUGUGUCAUCACUUCCAUUUCACAAGUCCACUAAAACUGUGAAAUCAAUGAACAAUUUUGUUUUUAAGAGUUACUAAUUUCUUCCAAUGAGAAAAUGAGAGAGCAGUUUCUGUGCUGUUACUUUACUACAUCACCCCUUAUCCAUAUCAAAGCACUCUCUGUCUUAACUCACUAAGGACUCUUUCUCAAGGUGCUAAAACCUGAAAUUGCUGCAGUUCUUCAGCUUUACUCAGACUGGUUUGAAUAAGACUAAUUUUCACACUUUAUAGUUUUGUUUGUUAUUAAAUUAUUGAAGUUCUGAG